UGCCCCGUUCGUAAAAUGCAAGCGUUUAAAGCGACCGUCCGCUUCCAGCCGAUUUGUAAACAAACAAACUUACUGAAUUAUUUAUGAAGUUGGUGUGAAUAAUUGCGAGAGGCGGGGUUGUUUUUUCAAAUUCUGUGAGUCGACGUAAGAGCAAAGAUGGCGGCGCUGAGCUCCGUCGAGUCCUCGGUCAGGCCGAAGGCCGUGAGGCGAGGACGUAGAGCCGGCGGCGCCGCCCGCGAGCUCACGCUAGAAGAGGCAAUUUGUCCGGUAUGUCUGGAGAUAUUCCUAGAGCCCGUCACCAUGCCCUGUAGGCACUCAGUGUGUCUACCAUGCUUUCAGCGUACCGUGGAGUUAAGCAGCCUACGCUGCCCACUCUGUCGGCUGCGGGUGUCCAGCUGGGCGCGGCGGCGGACCCGGGACAGGACUUUAAUCAAUGCCGAGCUUUGGGAACUGGUGCGUCGCAGCCACCCGGAGCGAUGUCGUCGGAGGAUGGAAGGCCAGGGUGGCGAGGCCGUUAAAGAAGAGCUUAUAUUCCGUGCCCCUGUACACAUUAGUAAACCUGGAGAGAUGCGGCAAGAAUAUGAAAAACAAAUUAAAAAGCUGGAGGAAGAGAAACAAGAAGAUCGUGCUUCAGAAGAAUUGAUUCAGAAAAUUCUAGAAGAUGACAGAAGACAUUUAGAUAAAGUACGUUACCAUCAGAUCCUGCAAAGAAAGGAGGAAUGGGAUUAUCUCCAGAAUUCCCAUGAGCCUGUAUGUGUAGUUUUAUCAGACUCUGAGAAUGAAGAACCGGUUGGUGGAAAGGGGAGACAUCUGUCCGCUUUUGUGCGAAAAGUUAGAAGUCCAUCUUCCUCUGGCAAAAGACUUCAGAGAUAUGAUAUCCAAAGAAGUCAGAGCUGCACAGACUCGGAGGAAGUGGGCAAAGCAAAGAAUAGAUUUCCUUUACAUGCAACACCUGCAGCAAAGAGUCUUGUAUCGUUUACCCCCAACAGUGGCAUAUUGUUAUCUUCUGAAAACAGUCGUUCUUUUUCUGCCCCUAACCUGACUUCUGAUAAGAGGAACAGCUGGCGAUCUGGUAGUUGUGGUUCUGGUGUUGUGGCAACACCCCUGCUUAAAACGGAGAGAUCCAUUAGUCCAGAAAGCAAUGACAGUAUAUCUGAGGAGCUAAAUCACUUCAAACCAAUUGUAUGCUCUCCUUGCACCCCUCCAAAGAGAUUGCCAGAUGGGAGGGUGGUAGAGCCAACCAUUGUAAAGUCAACCCCACGAAAUCUUACUCGUAGCUUACAGAAGCACACAAGUUAUGAAGCCAGUCCUUCCAUACUUCAGAAGUGGAGACAGAUUGAACAGGAUCGUCUCAGUAAAAGGGCCUCCUCCAAAGGGACAACAACCAGUAUGCCAGCUGAGGAAUUUUCCAAGGACAAACAUUGCACAAGGGAGUCUGUCUCUUUACUGCCCGAUACUGAGAAACAAAGUGUAUCAGGUUGCGUUAAAUUAGACAAUGGCCUGUCAAAGAGAAGCAGUAAUUAUUCUGAACUGCUUGAAAGCCAUAAUUUGUCUUGCAAAGGUCGUCAGACCCAGUUUUGUAAAACACAAAGACUUAUAAUUGAUCACUCUGCUGAAGGCCAUGCUAAUGUAUUGCAUAACACAGAGAAAGACCAGUUACUGGUGAAGUUUAAUCCCGUUCAGGUGACGUGUGAAUCAUCUUUCUCUCAUAGUGGUCCUCAGAUUCCCCGUAGUAAACGGUUGGAUACCAAAAAUCUAGUUCUGCUAACAGCUGAAGACAAUUCUAAAAAUCAAAGCUGUGAGAAAGAUUCUCAUGCAACUUUAAUUAGUCGCAAACUGUUUGAUCCAGUUGAAAGAACGGAUUACUUGGAUAGUUCCGAUGUUAGUAAUACAAAGCACAAACCUACAAAAAGAAGCCAAAAAACAAAGCACUUAGAAGGAGGAGAAAAAGCAAAAAGACUUCGAACUUCCACUCGUGAAGGAGUUGGCUCAGAAUGUCAGUCAAACAGUUUUGAUGGAUUUUGGCUGCAAAAAGAGGACGAAGAUCGCAAAUUGGCCAUAAAGCUACAACAACAGUUUGAUUUAGAGUAUAGAACUGUUGAAAGACAGAAAGGUACUCCUGACAAUUAUUUACUCCGGUCUUGGGCCACUUCCAACAGCCAAUUGGGGCACUCCCCUCGACGAUCAGGAAGAAAUCUAAAGAAGACUUAGCACUUUACCUGAACCUUUUAAAAGGGUUGGUUUGCUUUAUGACAUACAAAUGUAUAUUAUCGUAUUUGGAGUAAUGAUUUUACUUCCAGGUCCAUUAAGCCGCCUUCAAGAAUAUGGCUUUGUUGUAAGAAAAAUGGUUUACGAUCAAAGUGAUUCGUAGAUGCAUUUUGCGAUCAGUAUGUAAUUCAGGGCAGUGUCCAUGAAUGAUCGAUUAAGUACUUCGCCCCAAACGCUCAGCGAAUCAACACUUUAACAAACUGCUUGUAAUCUGCAGCUUUAAUUUCAUUUUCCUGACAAAAGUGUUUCCAAUUAAUACCUUUCAUGUAGUUUUUAUAAUAUUUUCACUUUGGUGUGGCAUUGGAAAAAAGGUUACUAUAAUAUUUUAUAUCUGAAAUAGGAACAAAUUAGGAUUAAAAACAAAUAUAUGCCCUCUUAAAAGUAUUUAGCCCUCAUCUUUCAGUCUCGGGGUCUGGAAUUUUGAGGCAGAUUUGUUGUGUGAAAAAAAUAUAAAAUAUUAAAAUACUGACCCUGUGAGUCAGUACUUUGUUGAAUGUCCUCCAGCAACUAGAGCAGCUGCUCAAGUUUUUACAUCAUUAACUUUGCACAUUGUGAUGAAGCAAUAUUUCCCCUCUUCCUCCAUCCCUCGUUUUGUGUAAACUGUUAAAUGUUUUUGACAUUUUUCACUUAUUUGCUGUAGUGUGUACAAUUUUGUGAAUAACUGAGGGAAAAUAUUAAUUUUGUGUAGUUCAAAUUCAAAAUUUGAUACACAUGUGUUGGAGGGUGAUUACAUUUGCAUUGGACUCAGUUAAUCAGCUACUCUUUUAGUUUGGGCCUACAGUAAAAUGCCAGUGAUGUGCACAAUGCUUGGUGAAAUCUUUGAAAAAUAAGCCAGUGUUACUUGGAAUAAGCUCCAUAUUUAUUUGCUUCUGCUCAUGGACAAUAUUUUCAGGAAAGUGUCUACCUGUGAGUCAAUAUUUCAGACCAUAAUAUACUAAAGAAUUAUUUUUGAGAGUGUCUGUGAAAAUUACUAGAAGUUUAAUUCUAUUGGUGACCCUGAGGCAUGAUUAGUGAUAAAAUUAAGUGUAUACUCCUUAUUCAUAUACUGAAACAUUUCAAUAGCUAACUACAUAGAAAUGUGGUAUUUUAAAGAUUUUUGCCACAGUUGUGUGCUUCAAAAUUUCUCGUGAAAUGAAAGAAAUGUUUUGGGUUUUUUUUUUUUUUAAAUAUGUAACAUUUGAUUUUUUUUGGACUGCUAGAGAAGGCAGCUACACAUUCUGCUGAAUGCAUUCAGGUUAAGGAUAUAAACGUACAAACAGUUACAUGAUUGAAUAUUAUUAUUUGUAAUGCAGCUGAUUUAAGGCUAGUAAAUCAGGAACUGAUUUCCAUAAAUCUCAAACUAUGACCUAUGUGCAAUGUCACUGAUAGUACUAUCUCCCAGAGUGUUAGCACAUUUUUUUUCCAGUUUAUCCAGUUUUCAUAUUUUUAUUUCAGUGUACAAGAAUGUAAAUGAAUUCCACAUUUUUUAGGUGUUCUACUAAAUUAACUAACUCCCUUUUUUUCUGUAAUGGAAUAAAGAUUUUACAUUUUUGGUACGUUUUUAUAAUUGACUGGCAUGUUAAGUAUGCAUCAGCAUAAACUAUAGUUGUGUUCCCAUACAUAAUGUGACUUUAGGUCUUUACAAUACAGGAAACCAUUAUACUAUUCUAUUUUUCAGCAUACACAUUCUCAUUUUUAUAGUACUUUACAAACACUGGUUUAUAAAUGACUGGAGAAACAGCUGGAAAAAAGUAAUGCAAAAGGUGUCUGACUGCACACAGGCCAAUAGAUUAA